GCUCGUCUUUGAAACAUGAUGGCUUCCUGCUCCAUCUAUGAUGAAUGGCUGUUAAGGACAUCAAGUGGUCGUACACUGGAGAAGAUCGAAAGAUUUUGGUAACAAUAUUACCGUGCACUGUUCCAUAAGAAAACGUGAAGCACUCAAAGAAGCUGAUGAAUGUGCGUGUUGAUAUGUGAACGUUAUGCAUUCGGAUAUCCGUCUGUGUAGUACAGAAGUAACGUGACACGAUGGAAAUGGAUCGACCAACGGUGGAGAACUGGCUCAGAACGCUCUUUCUGGGCCAGUACUCGGAAUCAUUUCUGGACAAUGGAUAUGACGAACUGGAAAUAUGCAAACAAAUCGGGGAACAAGACCUUGAUGCAGUUGGUGUGUUCAAUCCGACACAUAGGUUCAAAAUCCUUGAAGCCGUCAGAAAGUUACGCGAAGAAGGGGCAACUGCAGUUUAUUUUACCGUGGAAGAAGUCUUGAAGUCUGGUGAAUGCAAAUGUGUCGUCGAGAAAAACAGGAGAAUGCCCACAUACCAUGCAUCAAAGUACAUCCCUCAGAAGAUAUGUCACUCCUGCGCUACAAAUUCCGAGAGCAUCAGUACGUGUGGCAGCCCGCCAGAACCAAAGGCGCCUCUGCCCGAACUGAAGAGACUGCCAUCUCAGAAACUGAGACAAAUGCUUCAAAACAAGCUGGUGAUUGACGGCAUAAAGCUGUACAACUCGCCGUACUCGACAAAGGACGGCCAGACCGGCUAUCUGAACGGGCUGGCGUCGCGCUACGCCGACGACGUGCAGACGCACUACCAGGACGUGCUGCAGCAGCUGGACGUGCUGCGCCAGCAGGCGUGGCAGCAGGUGUUGGACGGCGAGGUGCGCGGCGGCGCGGGCGCGCCCCCGCUGAUGGCGCCUCCGCCGCCGCCGCCGCCGCCCCAGCAGCAGCAGCAGCCCGACCUGACGCAGUCGGCGCAGCCCAUCUACCAGCCGGGCCAGUACCUGCCGUCCAGCUGUCUGAGCGACAACGACGAAGACGAAAUAUACGGCUUCGGCUACGGCGUGUACGACAGCCGGGUGCUGAGCCAGCAGCACGCGCGCCGACAGGGGCUGCGCUCCGGCUCUCCCUCCUACGCCGUGCCCCAGGACUGCGCUGCAGACGGUGCGGCUGGCUGGCGGACGUUCGGCAGCAGCGGCAGCGGCGGCGCGGUCAGCCCGGCCGCCAAGAAGCGUGGCCGCCUCGGCAAGCUGUUCCGCACACUCAAAAUCAACCGGCACCGCAACUUCCCCAAGCUGGGCCGCACCAAGGGGGGUCGGACGCUGGCGGGGCCCGCCGGUCCGGUGCUGCUGCCGUCCUCGACGUCACAUUACGCACCCUCUGGUUCCAUAUACCGCCAACAGAUGUCGCCCAACCGCACGCUGGAGGAGGGAGUACAAAUGUUUAAGGAGCUGGAGCGGGAGCGGCUGCAGCAGCGGCGCCUGCAGGAGUCGGCCGCCCCCAUGAUGCUGCGCGACUUGAGGCCCGGUCUGCGGGACGAGCAGAGGUCACCGAGCGGCGGCGCCACCGGCGGAUCAUCCCUGUAUGGUCAGUCGGGCGAGUUUUGGUGGAGCACCGGCGGGCCGGCGGCGGCGCUGGCGGCCGCGCGGCCCUGGUUCGAGGACCAGUCGCCCGACAGCGACACCGAGGAGUACCUGCUGGACAACUCGCUGCGGGACCAGCUGGUGCCGGCGAGCCCGGCGCCCGGCGACCCGCUCUACUACCAGAACAUCGGCUACGUGGUGUCGCCGUCUGGCGAGCUGCAGCGGCAGCCGGUGGUGCAACCGGUGCACGCCGUGGCGUUGUACGGUGUCGUGGGACCGCUGUCACAAUGA